CUGCUUAAGUUGGACUGUAGUAAAGGAAUCUACGGAGAUGAUGAUGGUCUGGAUGCUCAACUUUGAUCAUGCGAUUUGAAUAUGUGAUUUAUUGCUUGGUAAAGGAAAAAGGGCAGAAAGAAGGCGUCAUUACUAGUUAUACGGAGCCCCUCGGCCCUCUUCCACAAAGAUUCUCUUGUCUGGCGUAUGCUAAAGUGUACCGCUAAAUAUCGGUCUUCACAGCCAUUACAGGCAUUAGCACGAGAAAAGAUCUCCCCCUUUGAUGCUUAGAUCCGUGGAAUUCGGGAAAGAACAACCUUGCCCUCCUCGUUCACUCAGGAAAGGGACGCUAGGGUGAAAGAAGGUUGAAUUUAUCGCGCGAGUAGACGCGCGAGGCAACUAGAAGAAUCUUAAGCUCCCGGUAUACCUUUCGGCAUGCAAAAGUUAUGAUGGCGGAAAACAUCAUCGGUAUUUAGAUUCAUCGGUAUUUAUAAUGACAUUCGCGAAAUAAUCUUUUCUGCCCCAAGCAAUUUAACCAUGUCCACUAACGAAGGAAUAACUCUCGCUUCGGUGCGGGAGUUUUUAGUCAAAAACAAUGGAAAAGUGAAAAACAUAGAUUUAGUGCAUCAUUUUCGACAACAGCUGAACGAUCCAGCAAACAAAAGUAAGGUACGAGGUGAAUUUAAGGAAAUUGUGCACACUAUUGCCACGGUACAAACUAUCGAUGGAGAGAAGUACUUUGUACUUAAGAAGCCUAAAGAAGCUCCUGCAGUGCUUCGUAAACCACCCAGGCCAUCUAAUAAGGCACGGCCUGUAUCUCUUCCACCUGUUUUCCGAGGAGUAAAGCUGGAAGAAAUGCCGGUAGGCUCAGGGCAACAAUCACAUGCCAGAACCCCGUCAAUAACAGGAGAUGAAUCUCCAGUCCUCAGUCAUCCAAAUAAGGAAAACAGACCUUUGGAGAAAAGAGAGGGAACAGAUAGCAUGAGUCACUUGGCUAGUUCAGGAUCUGUAGACAGUGGUCUAGAGUCCAAUGGUGGCUCAGUGGGAAGUAUGUCUGCUUCAACUUUCAAAAUGCUGCAAAGUCAGUUUCUAACUGGUGGCAGCGGAUCCACUUCUAAUAUUCAGCCAGAAAGAUUGUCACGAAGCAAUGAUGACCUAGAUCGAAUGGAGGAUGACAUAGAAGGAGAUGACUUUUUAAUGGGAGGACCAACAGCACAUCUGGAGCCACUAGAGAAAGAAUGGCUUGUAUCAGCAGCUAAAGGAAACAGAGCACAGAUCAUGUGUCUCUUGGAACAGGAUCCCAACUUAGCAGCUAAAAGGAGUGCAAUCCACUGGGCAGCCAAGCAUGGAAGAGCCGACAUAGUAAAGCUUCUAGCUAGUACUGGAAUUGAUGUGAAUGUUAGAACGGGGUACACUCCACUUCAUCUCGCUGCCAUGCACGGACGCGAUGAAGUCAUAAAAAUUCUUGUCUCUGAAUAUGAUGCGGAUAUAAACUGUCGUGACUUCAGUGGCAAGAAACCGAAACAAAUGGCCAGAGUCGAAAACCUGACGAUUGAAGCACAAGGGCUUCUGGAGUAUCAAUUCCGAAAUUAUUCAGAUACAUCAUCGGAGUCGUCAGGCUACGGCUCGAUCAGUAAAUACGGCUCCCUUAGCUCCAAUCCAGGUGUGGCGAUGUCCAGUCACUACAACAACAGCGAAAAGGGCGGUGGUAAAAACGAAGCGCCCGAUGAUAAAUCCAGGUCAAGAUCGUCUUCCAUAGGUAAAUUUUUAAUGAAAAAGAAGCAGAAGCAGAAAGAACGCGCACCGGUGCCACACUUUCCUUCAAGUAGCACGAGUGCCGGAUUUGUGAUAAGCACCCCAUUAUCGGUUGAAUCUGGGUCGUUUGAAGGUAGCCCUGGACUCCUGUCACAGCGAACCUACUCCGAGUCUAAUAUCCUCAAGUCGACUGGCGUUUAACAUCCACAUAAACGAUCGCAGGAAAGAACAGUUGCUUCCGCGAACAGUAUUUCCCACAAGAAGCCAUUCCCUAUUGGCGUCACACUUGUUGCCCUAGCCCUUUUACUCCCAGAGGUUCAUAUGAAGCCUUUCCCUGGAGAAAGGUAAUGAGAUUGGACAAAACUAGUAGAGACAAGAUGUUAUUUUGAUAGAAAUCCAAACUCCCUACUCAACGCAGAAGGAAGCGUAUAGCAGCCAGAAUAGAGAAGUUCUAGUAAGUAGGGGUACUUUAAGGGUUAAUGCUCGACUAAAGAAAAGCCAUCUCAUCGUUAUUUUCUGUGUGGGACUGGAAAGGUAUGAGAAUACAAUUCUAAGAACUGAAUUUCACGUUUGUCUUUUAUGGCGUCAUUGUAAAAAGAGAAAAAGAGAUGACCUUUUCAUUAUUUUAUAAUGUUUAGUAUUUAUGCUGGCCCAGGUUUUCAAAGUACAGCCGUCUCGGUACAGCGUGUUUUAUAUGAAGAACCUUUCCACAGCCGGAAAAACUUAAUAUUCAUUUACUUAACAUUUUUAAGAAAGUGUUUUAACUUGGCUACAUAACUCUCAGUGUGCUAAAUUGACUCGGUGUGGAGACUUUGGGCAGAUAGAGAUACGUUAUUCACAUUUUUUUCUUUACCGAUCUCUCACCUCCCUUUAAUUUCUGUUAUAAAUUUCCUUGUUGUACUUAAUUUAACCGAACGCUUUUGUAAUUUUUUUUUUUUUGGAUACAAUUUGUAGAUAGGAUCCUGCUACAUGCAAUAAAGAGUUUUUUAGUCAAA